UUUGGGAUGCAUUAGAUGGAAGAGAUUCUCCACAAUCCAGGCUGCUGUCAGCACUCACGUUUUUUGCGUGUAUGUUCUUAACAAAAUUGCGCUAGCCACCCCGCACGUUUCUUUAACUUCUGCCCCCUCCCCUCCCCCUCCCUACAACAAACAGAGACUGAAACCUGCAGAGAGAGAGAUAGAGAAUGGCUGCCUCUUCGCUUUAUCAAGCCUCUCUGGUGCAAUCGGAGCCCUCCUUCUUUUCAAGGACAGUCCAAACCCCUGACCUAUUUCCACACCGCCAGCUUUCCAUACCCUCUUCCCGUGCUUUCCUUCUCAAAAGGCAAAGUGGGUUCGUCCCAAAAGCUUCGUUGACGGCCGUCAGUGCGCAAUCUAACUCGAACUCCUCCAUUCCCAGGAAAAAUCCCAACAAUCCAAUCAUUGUCAUAGACAACUAUGACAGCUUCACCUAUAACCUCUGCCAGUAUAUGGGAGAGCUAGGGUGUGAUUUUGAAGUUUAUCGCAAUGAUGAAGUAACGGUUGAGGAUUUGAAAAGGAUGAAUCCAAGAGGAAUCUUGAUAUCUCCUGGGCCAGGUGCACCCCAGGAUUCUGGGAUAUCAUUGCAAACCGUUUUGGAACUUGGGCCUAGCAUUCCUUUAUUUGGUGUGUGUAUGGGUUUGCAGUGCAUUGGAGAGGCUUUUGGAGGUAAGGUUGUGCGUGCUCCUGGUGGUGUCAUGCAUGGAAAGAGUUCUCUUGUAUAUUAUGAUGAGAAGGAGGAAGAUGGCUUGUUCAGUGGCUUAUCAAAUCCAUUCACUGCUGGUAGGUAUCACAGCCUUGUGGUUGAGAAAGAAAGUUUUCCUAGCGAGGAACUUGAGAUCACCGCAUGGACAGAGGAUGGACUCAUAAUGGCUGCUCGUCACAGGAAGUAUAAGCAUCUACAGUUGAGUUGGCAACUGAACCUCAUGCAAUUAUUACAUGGACUAGUGGACUUGGGGGACGAGGUGUAGUUGUAUCUUAAUUACUUUUGAAGGGGGUUCAGUUCCAUCCAGAAAGCAUUAUAAGCACUGAAGGUAAGACAAUUGUCCGCAAUUUUGUCAAACUGAUAGAAAGAAAGGAAGCUGAAUCUCAUCAGACUUGAGUGUUGGAUGUCAGACUCAGCAGUAGUUAAGCUAUAUAAUAUAUUAUAUAUGCAAUAAGAUGACAAUGCAGCCAUGUUCCUUUUGUUUUCUUUCUUUGUUCUCAUAGUGCAAUAAGUUUGUGCUUUGGAUGGAUAGACAUUCAGAUGUUCAUGUGGUUUUAGGCAAUAAUGCCAUUUCACAAUUCAGGGUAAAAUUUUCUCUUA